AUGGGUGCUCUCGGGACCGUUGAAUGGAAACUUAAGAACACGCCCACCUUGCUAAAUGAGUGUAAUAAAAUAAUUGAGGAACAAGAAGAUCUUGGUAUUGUCGAGAAAGUUACGGAAUUAGAGGGGGCCGAAAAGGUUUAUUACAUGCCUAGCCAAGUUGUCGUAAGGGAGAAUGCGGAAACCACUAAAGUACGCAUGGUUUUCGAUGCCUCUUCUAAGGAAGGGAAAAGCGGUACUUCGUUAAACGAUUGUUUACAUGUUGGACCUAAUUUAACACCAUUGUUAUUUGACAUACUUGUUCGGUUUAGAGAGAAUAACAUCGCACUUGUAGGUGAUAUCGAGAAGGCAUUCUUAAAUGUAGGUGCUCAUGCUACCGACAGGGAUUGUUUGCGUUUUUUAUGGGUCGAAAAUCCUCAUGAAAACGAUUUGAAACUUGUUGUUUAUCGAUUUGCGCGCGUUGUUUUUGGAGUUAAUGCAUCGCCUUUUUUGUUGAACGCGGUUAUUAGGAAUCACGUAACUAAGUUUCAAGAUAUAGACCCGGAAUUUGUUAAGAAGAUGUUAAAUUCUUUCUUCGUUGAUGAUUUAUGUACGGGGGCUAAGACAGUCCAAGAAGCAAUUUCGUUGUUUGAUAAAUCUAAGACUAGGAUGCUAGAAGGAGGAUUUAAUUUACGGAAAUGGAAGUCAAAUAAUGGGGAAGUAAGGGAGUACGUAUCACGAUGUGAAGGUAAAUCGAAAGGUUUAGCAAGUGCCACUGUAAACAGUAAUGACGAGGAAACUUAUGCGCAGGAAAAGUUAAAUAUUGUCGAUGGACAAGGUAAAACCAAGGUUUUAGGCUUAGUCUGGGAGGAAGAAACGGAUAAUUUGGAGAUUGUUCUGGAUAGUAUAGGUAGUAUAAGAGGGGAGAGGGACUGUGUAACGAAAAGAUCAGUUUUAAGCUCGCUAGCUAAGUUGUUUGACCCGUUAGGACUAGUUAGUCCCGUCUCAACGAUAGCUAAAUCAUUUUUCCAGGAAUUGUGCGUGGAUAAGAUAGGAUGGGAUGAGGAGUUACCUCCAGAAAAAAGGGAUAAAUGGGAAAGAUGGGAAAAGGAUUUGAAACAGGUGAAAUCUAUUUCAGUGCCCAGGGGUAUACACCCAUAUAACGAAGAAACGGGUAAAUAUUCCUUACACGGGUUUGAAGAUGCCAGCGCUAAGGCAUAUUGUGCUGUAAUUUAUCUUGUGUGCGAGACAGGAAGCGGAAUUUAUUCUAGACUUGGUUGUUCUAAAACUCGUAUCGCCCCACUCAAGGGUCUCUCAAUACCACGCUUGGAACUUAUGUCGGCCAGGAUUUUAGCAAAUUUGAUGGAAAACGUUAGAAAUGCACUAAGUUUUCAGGUUGAAAUAACAUCGUUUAAGUAUUGGUUGGACAGCGAAACAGCUUUAUUUUGGUUAAAUAAUGCUGGGGAGUGGAAGCAAUUCGUUAGACAAAGGGUAAACGAGAUUCUAGCUAAGACUGAUAAGAAUAAUUGGGGACAUUGCCCAGGGAAAGAGAACCCAGCGGAUAUAGGAAGUAGGGGGCUGCAAGCAAGUAAAUUAAAGAACAACAUUACGUGGUGGGAAGGUCCCGCAUGGCUUAAACAAGGUAUAGAUUAUUGGCCUAAGAGGAAGUACCUAGAGAGAACGGAAAAUGUAGAUCUAGAGAGUAAGAAACAGGCUGUAGUACUAAGUGGGGCAGAGGAGAAUAAACCUUUUAUAGGUUCUGUAGUGGACAUAAAUAGGUUCAGUAAUAUGAAUAAGUUGCUUCGUACCACGGCACGGAUUUUCAGGUUUAUAGGAAACGUUAAGGCUAAAGUAGCUGGGAAGGAGAUAAACACUAACGAAAUAACUGUAGAAGAAAUAGAAAGAGCCGAGCAAUUAUGGAUUAUGGAUGCCCAGUCUACUGUUAGUGAAAAGAAUGAUGCGUGUUUGUUACGGAAUUUGGGAAAGGUACAAGUAUUUGUUGAAAAACCUGGACCAUUUUUGGAACAGAUGGCGAACCGAGUACUUAGUAAAUUUGCGGGAGCAUCACAAGCUUUCAGGCCUUUGCAAAAAUUGUACCCUAUAGAAUGGAGACAAGGAGAUAUACAUGGCGACAAGGAAAGUGUGAAAAGUUCGGUUCAAGAAAGUGAAAGGUUGAAAAGCGAUAAGGGUGUGGAGCAUGAGAUUGAGAAGGGUGUGGUGAAGCUCUCUUGGGAUCUCACAGUUGCUAAUCUCUCCAAAACGUGGGUUUGCGAAAACUUAGAUCAGCUUGUCACAAAAUUCGUUCAACAGUGGCUCGAGCUUCCAAUAUCUUCGACAUUGAGUGGCAUAGUUCUUUCUCGUAAACACUUUGGUCUUGAGCUUCUGCUUCCUUCCGUAAAGUUUCAACAGUGCCAGAUUGUUCUUCGAAACUCACUCAAAUCUUCGCCCAACGAAAAACAUCAAAUCCCUAUGGAUGAACACUUAUGGACCUAA